UUGGGGCGAGCGUGCUGCCUUCGCCUCCCGUCCAGCCCCCUCCCCUGUCCGCCGGGCGGCCACUGCCACCGCCAGCGCCGACAGGAUGAGUUUCUUGAAGAGCUUCCCUCCGCCGAGCUCAGAAGAUGGGCUGCGGCAGCAGCAGCCCGACACCGAAGCGGUGCUGGACGGCAAGGGCCUGGGCACCGGUACCCUCUACAUCGCCGAGAGCCGCCUAUCCUGGUUAGAUGGAUCUGGAUUGGGAUUUUCGCUGGACUAUCCUACCAUUAGUUUACAUGCUGUCUCCAGGGACCUAAAUGCCUAUCCACAAGAGCACUUGUAUGUUAUGGUGAAUGCUCGAUUUGGAGAGGAAGAACCCAAAGAAGUAAAAGAAACUCCAAUGGCUGAAGGGGAAGAAGAUGAGGACAGUGAUGAAGAUAUUGAACCAAUUGCUGAGUUCAGAUUUGUUCCAAGUGAUAAGUCAGCAUUGGAAGCAUUGUUUGCUGCAAUGUGUGAGUGUCAAGCUUUACAUCCAGAUCCUGAGGAUGAAGAUUCAGAUGAUUAUGAUGGAGAAGAAUAUGAUGUGGAAGCACAUGAACAAGGACAGGGGGAUAUUCCUACAUUUUACACCUAUGAAGAAGGAUUGUCUCAUUUAACUGCAGAAGGACAAGCCACUCUGGAGCGAUUGGAAGGAAUGCUUGCUCAGUCUGUGAGCAGCCAAUAUAACAUGGCUGGAGUAAGGACAGAAGACUCAAUUAGGGAUUAUGAAGAUGGGAUGGAGAUAGAUGCCGCACCGACUGUUGCCGGACAGUUUGAGGAUGCAGAUGUUGAUCACUGAAGAUCAGUAAGACUGAGUAUUAGAUUCCACAUGUUAACUGAAGGAGGAAACUUUCUGGUCUUUCCAUAGUGGAGAGGCAAGAGAAGAAACACCUUUUUCCCUCUACAGAUAUGACCUAAACCAGUUCUUCAGACUUAUGCUGAGGCCAUAUGAAUCACCACCAGCAGAAGCUUGCAGUCUUUAUUAACAGAAGUGGCUGAAUUCACCCAAGAGGGUAUUUAUAGUUUAUCAUUGACUCAUGAAUCCUGUGCCCAGUUGUGGUCAUCUAGGCCUAUAAAUCCUUCCCUCACAGUACUCAUCUGUAAGGCAGCAGGCCCACAUGGUGCAGGGGUAUGGAAAAGAAGUGGGGGGUAGGAGGUGUAACCAGAAUAUGCCAUAUGCCAUACACACACACACACACACACACA